CCCGGGCGCCGCGCUGGGCCGCCGGCAUUUAAACCCGGGACUGCGCGAUGCCUGGCACUCAGUGUGCCCUCCGCGGAGUGGGCGACCCAGUGCGCAGCGGCGGUGUCACUCUCUGUCCCGCUGACCCCGCGCCGAGCCCGGGCGGCUCGGGUCGCGGCCUCACUUAGCGCCACGCGUCAAAAGCACAGGCCCGAAGACCCGCCACAUUGACAGCAUGAACCGCACCGCCUACACUGUGGGAGCCCUGCUUCUCCUCUUGGGGACCCUGCUGCCGGCCACCGAAGGGAAAAAGAAAGGGUCCCAAGGCGCCAUCCCUCCACCACACAAGGCCCAGCACAACGACUCGGAGCAGACUCAGUCUCCCCAGCAGCCCGGCUCCAGGAACCGGGGACGCGGCCAAGGGCGGGGCGCCGCCGUGCCGGGGGAGGAGGUGCUGGAGUCCAGCCAGGAGGCCCUGCACGUGACGGAGCGCAAGUACCUGAAGCGAGACUGGUGUAAAACCCAGCCGCUCAAGCAGACCAUCCACGAGGAGGGCUGCAGCAGCCGCACCAUCAUCAACCGCUUCUGCUACGGCCAGUGCAACUCCUUCUACAUCCCCAGGCACAUCCGGAAGGAGGAAGGCUCCUUCCAGUCCUGCUCCUUCUGCAAGCCCAAGAAAUUCACUACCAUGAUGGUCACGCUCAACUGCCCCGAACUGCAGCCGCCUACCAAGAAGAAGAGGGUCACUCGCGUGAAGCAAUGUCGUUGCAUAUCCAUCGAUCUGGAUUAAACUAAAUCUAGAUGCACCCAGCCUGGCCCAGGCGGGCCCAGAGCCAGACCCGAAACAACCCGAUUCUUAUUUGGCUUAAACCUAGAGGCCGGAAGAACCACCUGCUGCCUCCUGGCGGGCGCCUGCUUGCGCUUAGUGUGUGUGCAUGAGUGUGCCUGGGUGUCUGUGCGCAUUUUCAGACACCAGAGGAAACGCAGUUUCCAUCAAGGGCACUUCUUAUUUUGUAAACAUAUCUCUUUAAAGGGGUGGUCCUGAAGCCCACCCCGCCCCGACUCACGGGAGGGUGGGAGGGGCGGGAGUGUGGUCCUGUUCUGCCCUUGUUAUCCCCGUGCCCUCCUGGGGAGCAGAAACUCCUUUCAGAAUGAAUGUUAAAGGAAAAGGCUACCUGCUUUAGUGCUGCAUUGGACAAGGGAAAGUUCUUUCAACCUGUGCUCACUUCCUCUCUUCCCCGCCACAGGCCAGUCAGUCCUUUCUUAGGUUCUCACACCUGCCAAGGUUUCUAAAUUAAUUUGCUUCACUUGGCUGCACAGGUUAUUAGCUUGUGAAGACCCUCCAGACUCCAGGGGAGGCUGGGGGGCAAGGACAAGCAGGAUAGUGGAGAGGGGAACCGGAUCUGGCCCAGAAGUUGGUAGGUAGGGAGAUGUGCCCAUCCCAGAGCCCAGGGAGACCCAUGCUUCAUGAAAGUUUGCUCCUAGUUAACAGAACCCAAGUGAACAGAGGAGAAAUGGGAUCGCCAAAGAGUUACUGUGAUCUGCUGAAACUGCCUGUAACCCAACACCAAACUUCACACAUUAAUAUCCACCCCUCUGAUUUUCAGAACCAAGUGAGUGAGCCAUGACCGAACUAACCUUUCUGCUUUGUCCCUCAGGUGGACCAUAGAUGUAUCUCCCUGGAGAUAGGGAAUGAACAAAAACCUCAUAGACCAAAGGUCCUAAUAACUUCCCUUUGUCUUGGUUAUAACACUUCAUUAUUUCUUUUCUUUCUUCCUUCCUUUUUUUCUUUCUUUCUCUCUCUCUCUUUUUUUUUUUUUUUUUUGAGACAGAGUCUUACUCUGUCACCCUGGGUAGAGUGCCCUGGGGGUCAUAGCUCACAGCAACCCCAAACUCUUGAGGUCAAGCAAUCCUCCUGCUUCAGCCUCCCGGGUAGCUGCUACUACAAGUGUCUGCCCCUAUGCCUGGCUAGUUUUUCUAUUUUUAGUAGUGACUGGGUCUCCUUCUUGGUCAGGUUGGUCUGGAACUCCUGAGCUCAAGCAAUUCCCCCACCUCAGCCUCACGGAGUGCUAGGAUUAGAAGCGUGAGCCGCCGCACCUGACCUACACGUCAUUAUUUCUGCAUAAUACUUCCAAGAGCCACAAACCUGUAUUAUAAAGAUUCUGCCUCUGCUGAGUGUAACUGACUGAAGUCUAAGACAAAAGAGUUUAGGGCAUGCUCCAUUUCAGGUAGAAGUAUAUUUUGGGUCUUUUUGUUCUAACCAUCCUUAUAAGAUAGAGCUAGAGAGAAGAGGAAAGUGACAAGUGAUUGCCUCUGACUAAGGAGUAGUUAGCUCUUAGUACCUGGAAGGGAUGUAAGGGCUAUAUUCACCACCCCCACCACCCCCACCACCCCACCUCUUCUGCAUUUGACCUCUGAGGGUCUGAGGGGAAAUCCUGGUAAGAGAACACAGCAUUGGAUUCCUUAGCUGUCUAUCUACUGCUGUUGGGAUCCCCGUGUUACAUUGUAACCAUUCAGUGCUGUCACCUGAUUAAACCUGGCAUGCUAAUGAGGCCUACUGAGGAUUUUUUAACUAAUGAUCAAAGUACAGAAUGGAUGAACCUGACUUUGCUUUGGAUUUGGCUAACUUGUUCCCUUCAGGCCUGCAGUUUUAUAUCUAACUCCCCCAAAUAUUCUUUUUGUCUUGUAUCUUCUUAGCCUCAAUAAGCAAGUCAAAUAUAACAUGGAAAACAAAUACCAUACUUGGGAUUCAGUUGCCCAUCAAGGCUCCAGCUCUCAAAGAACCAUUGCAAUUUAAAGAAGCGGUCUUUAUUUUGUUUUUGUUUUGGCCCAGUGUUCUCCCAUCUAACAACUACACAGGAACCAUUUUAAGGCAGAAGUUUUCUUGAACAUCCAAAAUGUUGGGUCUCAUUUUAAAACGUUUGAACUCACUACUGAUGAUUCUACACCAGGUGAAUUUGUGCAAAUGCACAGUCUGUGUGUUUUGUAUACACUGUAUGCUCCUGCCCUCAAUCCUUGUAUCAUCCACAUUCUCCAACAAUAAAGCACAGAAUGGAUUUAAUUAAACCCAGAAAUGCUAAGGCAGAAUUUUGAGGCUGGGAGAGAGGAAAAGAAAGGGGAAGAAGCUGAAAAUGUAAAACCACAGCAGAGAGGAAAAAGGACAUUCAGAACCAGCAGACACUGAAUUUCUCUUGUUGUUUUAACUCUGCCACAAGCAUGCAAUUUUGUUAAAAAGAAAUGACUUAAGUUGGCAGCAGUAAUCUUCUUUUAGGAUCUUAUACCACAGUCUUGCCUGUAAGUCGGAUUUGGCUCAAGUAGAGAGAAUUUCCUCAAAAUUAACUUCACCGGGAUAAUCAGGAGCAUAACUACCCUAAAAGCACAUCAGUACCCAAAGAGGGAAAUUUCUGCUUUUCUUACUGUGCUUAUAUUAAGAACAGCGCGAGUAUGGUGUGUCUUCCAACAUUUAUUGAAAAUACCAUGUCUAUUACAUAUUUUAUUGGAGUCACUGAUGAUAUAAUGAUUUUUUUUUGUUAUUACAGUAGAUUUUUUAUGGGAAGAUAUUUGCGAUCUCGAUCUUAUCUAUUAAAAUAAUGCCAAACACCCAAUACAAAUUUUUAUGAUGUACACUUUGUGCUUGGCAUUAAAAGAGAGAAACACACAUCUUCUAAGUCAUCGUUUUUUUGUUAACUGUAGUUCUUCAAAGUUAUAAGUGUGAGCGAAAAAUCUGAAGGAAAGGAUAAUUUCCACUGUGUGGAAUGUGAAUAGUUAAACAAAAAGUUAUGGUUAUUUAAUGUAAUUAUUAAUUGAAAUCCUUUGGUCACUGUGAUUGCAAGCAAGUUUUCUUUUUCUUAUUUCUUUGACUUGGUCUGAGUUGAGCAAAGAAGCUGUUACCUUGUAUUUUGUUGGAGACUUUUACCAGGUCAGGAGGAAACAAAAUAUUGACACAUCUGAAUAUGCCUUACAAAGUCAAGACCUGAAUUUUUCUUUUUUAACUGAAUGUUCCUUAAAGGUUAACAUUUCUAAGCAAUAUUAAGAAAGACUGUAAAUGUUAUUUUGGAGAACUUAUGAUGUGUGUAUACAAGCAAAUUGCAGAUGAGUGAUGAAUUGUUCAAAAAAAUAAAAUCCUUUUAAGGAGAAAAUAUAAAAUGAAAAGUGUAUGUACAGAACAUUUAUAAGUGACCAGUGAAUGCUUAAGAGUAAAAGUAGUUCUAUUGAUUUGUCAUUUCUCAAGAUAUUUAAUAUCAACUGCUUUAUGUAUCAUGUCUGCUUUAAUCAUUUAAAAAUAACAAAGGAUUAUAUAGACCGUGAUUGAGGUACCUUGAUGUGUGUGAGGAUAAGAGGGGAUUUGAUAGUCUCAUAAAAGUUAAUUUGGCUUAAAGUUUCAUCAAUCUGUAAUUAGAAUGUAAUUUUCACCCUAAUAAUGUUCUAUAUAGCUUUUGCCAAAGAGCAACCAAUAAAUUAAACCUCUUCU